AUGGCUACUGCACGCACACCGGAUGUGAAGAAGAAUAAAGAACAGAAAAGUGGUGGUGAUAUUCCUGGUGAGACGGAAGCGACCGCAUUGCCAAUAAGUGAACAGUUAAAAGUAAAAAAGGAUAAAGAAUCAAAGAAAAAAAUGGAUAAUGAAUUUAAAGUUUUGAGCAUGAAAAAAGAAACCGUAGAGCGAAAACUACGGCGUGUACAGAAUGCCAUUUGGAAGCAAGAAGAAAUACAGAACAAACAUUUCCUGCAGUUGCAAAUGAAGCUUGCGGAUAGUGCAUACGGUGAAUACAACGAGUUGCAGAAUGAAAUGUUCAAUUUGAAUAUCGGUGAUGAGGUACGUUAUGCAGAGGAAUUAAAACUCAUUGAAUUUGAAGCGUUGUAUUCGGAUAUUUUCGUAAAAAUAACCAGUUUGAUCGAAACUACUGCCAAUAAUGAGCUAGUAUCAGCGGUAUCGAUGCAACAGCUGAAUAACCAAAUAAUGAUUCCUCCUCUGAAAGCACCCUUGCCAACGUUCGACGGAAACUACGAGAACUGGUAUGCCUUCAAGAAUAUGUUCGAAAAUGUGAUGUCCCGAUAUCAAACCGAGUCUCCAGCUAUUAAGCUGUAUCACCUAAGAAAUGCGUUAGUCGGUGCUGCAGUAGGCGUAAUCGACCAGGAUAUCAUAAAUAACGGUGAUUAUGAUGCGGCCUGGGCUACUUUACGUGAGCGAUAUGAAGAUAAAAGAGUCAUCAUCGAUAAACACAUUGAUGCCAUAUUCAACAUACCGGUAAUGACGAAGGAUAGUGGUAUCGGCUUACGGAAAUUGAUCGAUACGUGUUCUAAACAUGUUGAUACUCUAAAGAAUCUGGAGUUACCAGUGGUUGGACUGGGGGAAAUGAUGCUGUUAAAUGUUCUUGCGAAGAAACUUGACUUGGAAACUCGAAAGGCGUGGGAGUUAAGUCAAGGUGACGAGCUACCAGAGUAUCGCUCGACUAUGGAGUUUUUGAAGGAAAGAUGCCGAGUGUAUGAAAAAAAAAGUCGUACUACAAAGCCUUCAUUGGAAUUGAAUAAGCAGUCACGACCGUCUAGCAAAGUCGAUGUGAGAAUGCAUAGCCUUGUAACAACUAAUGAAAAAUGUCAACAUUGUAAAGGUGAUCACGAGUUGUGGAAAUGCGACAUUUUUAAAAAGGCAGCCGUUAGCGACAAGUACUCAACAUUGCGAAAGAGCGGAUCUUGCUUUAACUGUCUUGAAAGAGGACAUAUUACGGGGAAGUGUAGAUCCGAACACUCCUGUAAGCGUUGCGGCAGACGACAUCAUACGUAUUUGCAUUCCGAAAAUGCACAGUCAUCUGAAAGCAAGGCAUCGGUGGCCAACACAAUACCGAAUGAAGCUUCUUCUGAUGCAGUAGUCGCUGAUACCAGUUCUUCGGCUCCUACCAGUGGAUCUGUUCUUUGUGCAAACGUUGAUGUCGAACAAAAUACUCUUUUAGCUACUGUGGUUGCAUCGAUUUGUGGCUCUAGCAAGCGCAAGAGUGUAUGUCGAGCAGUGUUGGAUUCUGCAUCACAUAAAAAUUUCAUCACAGAAGAGCUAGCAUCGAAGCUUGGACUAAAACAAAAACGAUCGAACUACACAAUUGCGGGUAUUGGUGGCAAUUCGAUAGGAAUUCAGUUUAAGGUGCACGCGCGCAUAAGGUCUCGAGUGAGUGAUUACGAGUCACCAUGCAUGGAGUUUCUCGUGGUGAAGAAGAUUACUGGUGAUCUCCCGGUGCAGAAGUUUACAGUUGAACAUUUGAGCAUCCCUGAAGAAAUUGUGCUGGCUGAUCCGACAUUCAAUGUACCAGGACCGGUAGAUGUUCUUCUCGGUUCAGGAUUGUUCUUCAAACUUAUGAAACAAGGACAGCUGAACCUGGCUGACGAUAUGCCAACGGUGCAGGAAACCCAUCUAGGGUGGAUAAUAAGCGGUUUUAUUCCAAUCGUCCAUGUUAACAUGGGACAUGCAUUCUACACCACAGUUGAUGAAGAUGAUGUCGGUAAGUUAUUGGAACGUUUUUGGUAUUUAGAUUCCUACGAAGGUACAGAAGAAUUAGAGCGCUCUUCAGACAACGAAUGUGUGACCCAUUUUCUGGAGACGCACCAACGCAAAGGUGACGGUAGGUUUGUAGUGCGGCUACCGUUUAACGAAAAGCAGAGGUUACUUGGCGAUUCAUUGGCGAUGGCCAAAAGGCGGUUCCUGGCAGUUGAACGAAGAUUGGAUCGUGACCCGACGCUGAAAAUGCAAUACGUUAGUUUUAUGAGAGAAUAUGAAAGUUUGAAGCAUAUGGUAAACAUUUUACCAUCGUCAGAUGAAGAAAUCGGCAAUGCAUUUUAUCUUCCGCACCAUUACGUUCUAAAACCGACCAGUACCACCACUAAGUUGCGGGUGGUUUUUGACGGCUCGGCAGAAUCGACUAGCGGUGUUUCUGUCAACGAUGUACAAAUGGUGGGACCUACUGUACAGAACGAUUUAAUUUCCAUUUUGAUAAACUUUCGAUCGUUUCGUAUCGCCGUGAGCGCUGAUAUACCUAAAAUGUACAGACAAGUGGAAGUACACGACGACGAUGUUCGUUUUCAAAGAAUUGUUUGGAGAGAGGAUAAUUCUCAGCCGUUGAAAUUCUAUGCUUUGAAGACCGUGACAUAUGGACUUGCUUCGUCCCCGUUUCUUGCGACGAUGUCGCUUCGGCAGCUUGCUUCUGAAAACGAGGAACGAUACCCGUUGGCGGCACAGGCCAUAAAAAAUUCAUUCUAUAUCGACGAUUUCCUGGCAGGUGCCAAUUCAUUGGAAGAUGCUUUGGAACUAAUCGAGCAGGUGACUGCGUUACUGAAGGAAGGAAGCUUCGAUGUCCACAAGGUAUGUUCAAAUUCGACAGCUGUUCUGCAGACGAUUCCGGAUGCGAAAAGAGAGAAACUAGGAGAGGUAGGAAAUCCGGAGAUGUCGACCGCCGCCAGAAAUUCGGAUAAACAGGACAAUUGCGCUGCCUGCAAUAAUCCGGAUACCGAUAACAACUAUGUUCAGUGCGACGCGUGUAAUUCUUGGUGUCACUUCUCGUGCGUUAAUGUGUCUGACUCCGUUAGAGACCGAGCGUGGAUGUGCUCGAACUGUAUGGAAACAGCACCGCAGAAUCCACCCGAACCGAGAUGCAGUUCUUCGAGCAGUUCUGAUGCGAGUAUGCAGCGCAGUCUCGCUCAACUGAAAAAACGCCAGGAUCUCGAACGACAACGGAUGGAACAUGAGCUGCAAGUUAAGUUCCUGAACGAGCAAUUGGCGUUGUUGGACUCGACUAGGAGCCGAGUUAGCAACCGUGAAAGUGGAAGGCUAGUAGCCGAUUGGGUUAACGGUAAUCCGGAGCAAGAAGACCGCGCCGGUGGGUGGUCACUCGAGCCCGCCAGCAGCCGCUCAGCCCGCGGAAGUAAAUUACGCCGAUCCAGUGGAAACGGUACGCAACCAGGGAAAGCAACUUCAAAGCUGCCAGUUGCAGUCGGUUUCUGCUAG